AAGCUAGGGCUGUCUAAACUCUGAAGUGACUAAGUACAGCAAUGUUAAAGCCAUGGGCGAAUUUUCAACGCAAGCCCAGUGGGCCAGGGGCGCCAUGAUUGGUUAGCAUCAUAGACCAAUCGUAAACCACUCAUUCUUUGCGGUUUUUUGCUUCAUGAUUUUUUAGUUUCACAUUAAUUGUCCUUGAACGCAAAAAUAUCUCUCUGGAUUUCUCUUUGGACUGCAUCUCUCUCUCUGUCCGCCAUUGAAGAGUUUCCAAAACUUGGAGUGAGAGAGAAAGAGAGAUAGAGUCUUAGAGAUGGUUGGGAGUAUGAGGAUAUUGUUUUGGGGGCUGUGGGUAUUGGGUUGGUGGGUGGGUGGUGUGAGGAGUGGAGCGAACAAAGGAACAUGGGAACAUUCAGAGAGACUGAAGCAGAGGAUUUACAGGAUAAACGGAGAAGGCCCAUUCUUGGGUGUUGUGGUGCCUAAUGCAUUUGAGAUGAACCCUCUUCUUCAUUCUCCAAGCUUUGUUGCUCAUCCCAACUCCCCUUUUUUGGAUUUCUCAGGGCGAAGAUUUCGAAUAGGAAGCGUGGGAAAUGAAAAAGUUAUUGUUGUGAUGACGGGACUCAGCAUGCUUAAUGCAGGCAUAGCCACUCAGCUGCUGCUAAGCCUUUUCAUAAUUAAAGGAGUUGUGCACUUUGGGAUUGCAGGAAAUGCAAAUCCUAAUCUCCAAAUUGGAGAUGUCACUAUCCCUCAGUUUUGGGCUCAUUCAGGCCUCUGGAAUUGGCAGAGGUAUGGAGAUGGGCCUGCUGAUGCGCUAGCUUUGGAAUCAAAUGGAGACUACACGAGGAGAAUUGGUUACCUUAAAAUUUCCAACUACAACAAUGAGACAAGAAAUGGCAAUUCCUCAGACAAUUUUCUGAACAGUAUUUGGUACCAACCAGAAGAAAUAUUUCCAGUGAAUGGAACCCCUGAAGUCAGGCAGCACGCCUUCUGGGUACCGGUCGACAAGCACUACUUCGCAUUGUCGACAAAACUUCUUGGUAUGAGGUUCGAGAGAUGUGUAAAUUCUACUUGUUUGCCAAGAGAACCGGUGGUGGAGAGGGUCACAAGGGGCGUUAGCGCGGGCGUUUAUGUCGACAACCGAGCGUAUAGAGAAUUCUUAAAUGCUAAAUUUAAUGCGAGUCCUGUUGACAUGGAGAGCGCUGCGGUUGCUCUAGUAUGUCACCAGCAAAGCAUGCCUUUUAUUGCAUUUAGGUCUCUUUCCGAUUUAGCAGGUGGGGGUUCUUCCGAGUCAAAUGAAGCAUCCAUCUUUGCUACUUUGGCAGCUCAGAACGCGGUUGAUGCCGUCCUUAAAUUUAUCUCCUUAUUGUCUUCAUGAUUACAAGUAUUCUAUCUAUAUAUAUAUAUAUCUAUAUAAGGCGCCUUGGAGCCUCAACGAUAGCUGAAGAGUUGUAGUCUUGCUCUUAAUUUUAUAUAAAGAGACUAAAUAGUCUAUAUCUUAUUUCGAAUAACUUUUUUCUCUUAUUUGGAAGUAAUUGAUAUUACACAUUCAUUGGUAAUCC